AUGGUUUUGACGGAUGUGCCUCGCUUUCGAAAUGAAUUAUCGAAAUUCAUUUUGCAUGAAUUGAAUCAUGUCUGUGGUAACGAUUGCCCCUAUACUGAAGAAAUUGAUAUGCUUGUUGCGCAUGGUCUCUCUCUCUGUGAAACGGAUUUGAACCGGUUACAGUUUUUGUUGAAGGUUUACAAACCAGCUCAUAUAUUGGUAAGUGGAGAGAUGCUGAAGCGGGAUUUUACUUUUCUUUUGGAGCUUCUCAGUGCCUCCUCGAGCGAAUCGAAAUACAACGACACACAGGUCAUUCUGUGUCUACGAAUAUUUGCUUUAAUGAUAUCGGGUUCCGACAAGCUGAAAUGUUCCUUUUCUUCCAGUAAUUUGGACAAACUAACUCAAAUUCAAAGUGACAUUUUUGAACGUAACUACUCUUCGUUUCACGCAUAUUUAUCUGAGUUAGGUGCCACCUCCUUCAACUGUCUCUUAACUAACAGCGUCCUUCUGGCACAAGGUCUAUGCCAUCUUGAGAGGGGACCUAUUAGUGAGAAGCUAGUUGGGGCUACUGCAGACAAAUUGAAAUCCUUCUCAAGACUUUACAGUAAAAUUAUGAUGCAUUCAGACUUCCCAUCCAGACGUCUGGGUGUUAUUUUUGGUGUAAUGUCUGUUGUGCUUGAACCUGACUUCGUCGAUAUCGCCAGCCGUAUGCUUAAUCAAAUCACACCACAGAACAGAAACGAUGACCCUUUUGUUGGAUUGCUUACGAGCUAUUGUUUCCGUCAGUGGACUAUUCGCGUUGUGAAAUCUACCAAUAAGUCCCUACUUAAUCAGCUAACUUCGAAUGAUGAACUCGCGCCGAUAUUUGAGUUCAUUUUUCAUCAUCAGAAUGAUCCAAUUGACGCCGUCAGAGAGGCCGUGAUGGAUAAUUUUGAGCUGCUUGUCAGUCUCCUUAUGAAGUGGCCUACUGUCAUGGUUACACCUUCUCCGUUCUUGCAAAGUCUGCUGACCCGAGUCGUGGAGCAGCCACUGUGGAUGCGCAAUACUCUGGUUCUCGUCCAUCGAUUCUUUUCCGCUGUCUUUAAGGAAACCAAUCUAACCAGCGAGCAGACCAUCGAGUGGCUUAUUUCCGCAGGUUUUCCUCUUAUUGAUGUGGCAAAUCCAUCCGACCUCUCUUCGUCCGCGAUGCCCUUUUUUGCGCUGGGCUGCACUCUUAUUCUUACCGCACAUGAUGUCGCUUUAUCGCAAUCGGCGGGUGAGGUAUUUGCACUCUUUGCUGUACACUUCUCUUCGGCGGAGAGUGAGGCCAUGCGCGCAUGGUUCCUCGCCCUUGUUUGGAUGGCCAAACAGCUUCGCGGAGUUUCUCGUGCCUUCUUGGAUAAAAUUUUCAACUUGGCUCCGUCGCUUCCAUUGGCCCUGAUUGAAAACUACGCCCAAUGUUUCACGGAGGAAGGUCUAUCGACUCUCCUGCACUCUUAUCGUUAUUGCUUGACUAAAAAGGGUCUCAAGCGUUCACUAAUCACCCUACCUGAUUUGGCUCUCAUAUCUCGUGCUCUUCGGAGCCAGGAUUAUCAGCUCAACCAGCAGACAGUUGGAGCGAUAGAGUCUCUAUUUUGUCAAGCCCAUCUCAAUGACGCAGAUCUGAUUAAUUUAUUUAUUGAGGCGGUUGAUAUUGGAACUUGCUGUUUCGACCGAGCCGCACGCAGUCGAAUGUGCAUUACGAUAACUCGAGUGACAGAAUAUUUUCUUUCCCUUCCUGGUCGCGAGAAGAAUGCUGUAAAACGGAGUGAGAUCAUUGAGAAUGUCAUAGAGGCUUUCAGGAGGGUAGCUUCAGCCAUCUUGCGUCACUUGCAUACUGGCGGUGUAGCCCUACACACUACCAACGCCCUUGCUUUCCUCGUCUCCUUUAUUGAAGUACUUCUGAGUAACAGGACCGAAACCGGUCUGUCCCAGCCCCUCGCUCUCCUAUGCAGUGCCAUGAGUGAAUUGACGGGUGGUAUUUGUGAGGACUUCGAUAGUUCGGUGGAGGUUCUCCUCUCUUCUUUUAUGGUCGGUCUGUGGAGCACUUUCUCUGAAGAUAGGGAGAAUGCUCACAAACUCAUCCUCUGGUUGCACUUGCUCAAAUAUAUGAAACCUGCCCCGCUUGUGCACCUGUGGCGGAGAACGCUGAAGGAGGUGGCGCGGAGUGUGCGGCCCGAUGUAAACGUGGUGGGAGGCCACCUGGUGCGCACGCUGCUGGCGGCACCGCCAUUGCCACAGAUGGAGGUAGGGAUGGGGGAAGAGAUCGAGGUAGCUCUCUUGAGGAUUCGCGUGACGGCUUGCAAGGCGGUGGCCACGGUGCAUCAUCUAUUAUCUGCCCUUGACGCUCAGAUUCGCGUCGCUGAGGCGGGAAGGGGCGGCCUCCUCAUGGUUUCCGCCACCGGGCCCUUCUAUCCUCUCCUUAACAUCCUCCGCACUCUCCUUCACGAUCCCGAGCACUGUGUACCUUCGCGGUGGUUUUUCGAAAAUCCACCACUCGACUCUUUGCCAAGUUUUCCAGCAGGGGAUUCGAUUUGUAAUCGUCUCUUGAACAUUGCCAUGCAUGUUGCUCGUAUCUGCUCCUUCGUAGUCUUCCACUCCUCGCCGGAAGGGAUCCUCAUUUUGGUCGAUGAGGAUAGACAGCACACUAAGGUCAUACCAAGCGGGGCAGGCAAGGAGGGUCAGUGGGAUAAGACGGAGGAGUUUGCCGCUUUGAUGGACGACUCGGCCGCGGACGCGGAGUUGGUGAGUGCGCUGCGUCGGGUGGUGGAACGACCAGAGCAUCUGGUGGUCAACUGCUGGCGCUCAGUGCGAGAAGUCGCCCUCCUCUUGGGAGGGCGUCUCACUCGCGAUGCCCUCCUUUCCGAUCCUUUAUCACCCCAAAUUGACUUUGUCCAGCUCAAUCUCAUAGCAGACUUUUUCAUCAGUCAAUUAAUACGCUCCAGACAUCCCGGCGCCUUUGAGCUAACAGCUUCAGGAUUCCAGUCCUUCUGUGAAAUUCUCCUCAGUGCACAGGAGUACAGAGAUGUCUGCCAAUGGCCAGAGCAGUGGCUGAGCGUGGUGAUAGCCGACCUGACUGACGUCGCCAUCCUUCCUGUCACCUCACAGAUAGGACGCCUUCCGCUGAAGUACCUCCAGGACGCUGCUUACUGCGCCACGCGUCGCUCUGCUGGUCUCCCCUUCUUUGUACAGACAUUAUUGGUGGUUCUUCACAAGACCGGUCGACUGGGCGACCUGCUGAAUCGGACAGCCAGCGCUCUUCUUGCUGAGAUAAAUAGGGAAGCAGAGGCUACAACGGUUCCGUCAACCUGUAAUGAUCAGACUAGCCUCUCAGCCUCUGAGCGUCGUCUACACGCCAUGAAUGUGCUGCGAACAUUGGUUCGAGAUGCCACAAUCGGACCUCUGAUGGAGGUCCAUCUCGAGAUCAUUCUAGCCUGCGCCCUCCAAGGUCUUGACUCCUUCUUCUGGAUGAUACGCAACGCGGCACUCAUGCUCUACAGUGCCUUGAUGGAACGCAUCUUUGGCGUCAAUCGAACGCGGGACUGUGAGAGCAAGAAAAAUCGAAUGGUCUCCUCUGUGUUCUUUGCCAAAUUUCCUGGAAUGCGCAACUUUCUCCUAAAGACCAUCGAAGAAGCGAUUGGUGGACUCCAUUCACCGACGAUGGGCAGAGCGAAGUUGUUUGCUCUUCUCAACCUCCUGAGGCGGCUUCUGCCCCCGAUACAGCAAGCCACCACGGACGGCACCAUAGUGCAGGCGUUUGUGCCCCUCGUUUUUAGGUGCGCUGGAGCCGCGGACAUCAGGAUUCGCCUGAUUGCCGCCAGGGCGUUUGUCGCUGUGCUGCAACCCGCGUGUCUGCCACGUGUGGCACGUCGGAUUCUCCUCAUCGUUUCGCCCUACUUUACCACCCGUCAACCUCCUCACCUUCAAACCAACUUUGUUCAUGGAAUGCUCCUUCACCUUUUGGAAAUUCUCAAAUGCGAAUAUUUUCCAGUGUGUGAUAUGGACGCGAUGCAAAACAGUCCCCAUUAUGCAUAUUUAAGCGAAAUAUCUGCUUUACUUUCCAAUAUGGUCGCGGUGUGCAUAGACUCGACGUCCAAUCUCUGUCCUAUCAUAAUUCAAACAUGUUUGGCAUGUGGUUUGACCUUUGGUCUGUCAAAUAUGUUCCCAGUCAUCAAAUUGAAACGAUGCCACCCUUCUUCGUCACCAUGCGCUCUUGAUUCAUCCACAAUGGAGCUCUUGAUUCAACUUUGUAAUACAUUUAAGAAAGAAGAUCCGUCUCUUCAGAGUGUUAUUAAAGAUGUGAUUGACGUUGCUAGUCCGGAGUUGAAACGUGUGGCCUUAGGCCUGCUCGUAAGGCGCCUCAACAGCAAUGAUGUCGAUUUUUCACGAGGUAGGCGUCUACUGUGGUACGAGGAUGCCAUCAACCUUCUUUCGGAAAUUUCUUCUUCACCUUUUUACACCCACCCAAGUGGUGGGCAUUUGGAUUUAUCGACUUGCAGUUCACAACUUGGUGAUGAGCUUAUUGCCUUUGUCAAUCUUUCACACCAGCCCUACUCUCUGAUCAGUUUCCAUACAUCGCAAUUGCUUGCAUACCUGGCAAUUGCCUCAACUUCUGAUCAGCUGAAAACCCACAGUAAACUAUUGGCGCAAUGCAAUCAGCUUCUCACUUCGAUUGGGGGGAUCCCCGCUCAUUUGGGACCGCUGUUAACUGUCUACGCGUUGGUCUCACAGAAUAAAGACGAAGUACUAGACUUUCUCGCAAGGUACAUAGAUCCGAAACAGAACUGUCCUUACUGGAGCACUCGUGCUGAAGCUCUUCUAGCUGUCGAUCGCUUUCUCUCUCAAAAUACUGAUAAUAGAACCCGCGUCCGUCGCCAUCUUCAUAUCAAUCUGGCUGUUUUGCGAAAUCUUGUUUUGGAAACUGAUGACGAAGUUCUAAUGAUAGCUUCCGCAACGGCCUUUAAAGUGCUACCAAAAACUGACAAGUUUCCUCAAAAACCUCUACCACCGGUUAUUCUACCUGCUUUCUUAUUCAAUUUCAUUUCCAUAUUUAAAAAUUGUGCUGUAAGUACCCUUCUUGACUGGUUCCACGAAGACCUCCUCAAAGAAAAGACAGCACACUGUGGUAGUUUGGAGGCUCCCGCGCGUGUGUUUGUAACAGAGGGAUCUACUGUCUCAACGAGUAUCAUGGUGUUCACCACUCUUCUCUGCUCAGCUAUCAAGAAGUGGGCUUUGACUUCUCCACAGGAGGACAAAAUCACCUUUACGCUGGAUCAGAUACAUCGGCGUGGUUUGGCACAGUUAUCGUCUGUACUCCCCUCUGAAGAAGAGUUCUCUCAUUUGAGUGGAAAUAAUAGUCUUCUACGAAUGGUAACACAUUUGUUUGCUCGUCUACUAAGGGAUCUUGAGGAAGAAUCGAGUUUAUAA